GCCAAGCCUCAUGCUGGCGUGGAUGUGCCGGGCGGGCCGGGCCGGUGCCACUCGGGCCGCACUGGCGAGCACGGCCAGUCAGGACCCCGUCGUAGAGCAGAGCUCGGGCUGCCGGCGCGCCCACAGGCGUGCCGUGGCCGAGGGACGCGCGCGAGUCGUGAUCAAGGCACGAGAGGCCGCCAAGAUCAAGUGAUACGUUUGGACCUGAAAGAUGGGAACGUGAGUGAUGUGCUUGAAGCCACCGUCGUGGUGAACACAGUGCUUCGCCCUUUGGAUACGCCGACGCGAGGAACGCCCAGAGGUUGGGUGUGCAGGGGGAGCCCCGACCUGGACUUCCCUGGCGCGCGGGAGAGGACGCGCUUCCCACCCUCUUCGUCCUCAUCGGCGCCCCAACGUCACCGGCGGGCCCACAUCGACGCCGCCCGACGCGAGUGACGGAGCUCCAACGGCGUCGGCGGCCGCCCGGAGACCUUCACGAGCGGUCGGUCGCGGCGCCGCGAGCGCAGCGGGGCGGGGCUCGCACGGCGCCCUCCCCUCGCGCGGGUAGGACCGCCCUCGAGUCUCUGGGGGGGUUGGCGCUUGCAGCAACAAUCCAAAGAGCGCUUCUACGGCUGCCGGGAGGACCUCGGGGAGGACCUCGGGGAGGACGUCGGGGAGCACGGCGUCCGCGCGCGGCGGGCGCCCCUGCAGGCGGCCGGCCCCGGGCCGCGGGCUCGCCCUGGGACCCCGCGCACCAUGGCUCCGCGGCCGCCGCGCCGCCACCUGAGGCGCCGGGCCGAGCGCGGUAAACGAGCCAAGUCAUCGUCACCAUGAGGCUGCCCUCGUCUCCCGAGGACGGCGCCUCUGUCGGGUACGACGCCUGGCGUCCCGGCGGCGGCCCCGGAGGCGGCCCCGGCCUUGGCGCGCUGGGCGCGCUGGCGGACCGCGCGCCCGACCCCAUCAUGGAUACCUGCUACAUGCCCAACAACCCGGCGCACUAUGGGCUGGAGAUGUUCGCGGGGGAGGGCGAGUGCCCGCCCGAGUGCGCGGGCGAGGCGGUGACGGGCGUGGCCGGAGGCGGCGCUCCGGGGGCGGGGGCCGUGAGCCCCGGGCCGGAGGCGGGGGGCGGCGAGGGCGGCGGAGGUGGGCCGGGGCUGGGCCCGCUGGCUCCGCUCGGCCCGCUCCACACCGUGCUCUCGGCUGGAGGCGGCCCGCCAUCCCCCGCCAGUGCCUACGGCGUCUCCCUGGGCCUGGCCGCGCCCCUCUCGCCGCAGGACCCGUCCGCGCCGGGGCUGUCGCUGCAUGGCUGCCUCAGCACGCAGGGGCCCGCGGGCGGAGUAGGUGGCUAUUGGCCCGAUGAUAUGAUGGCUAGCUUCUCCCUUCCUCCCUUGGACCUAGAGCCACUCCCUGGCAUCUUCCCCUUCAGCCCGUGCCCGGCACCCACCUUCAAAUCCGAGUACGGCGCGCUGAAGGAGCACAAGCAGGUGGGCGCCAGCGUGCCCGACGUCACGGACGUGCUGCUGCAGCUGAAGCAUGCCGUGGUGCACCCCGGCCAGCUGUCGCCGUCCAGCUCCUUCUACCCGAGCAGCCCGUACAACGCCGUGCCCUACUCGUCCUCCUACUCCACGCCCUACACCUCCUCCUACAGCGCCCCGUACGCGCCCACGGCCUUGCAGCAGUCUUCGUAUUCGGGCCCCUCGGCAAGCCUGUCCUACACCGUCCACCCCCAGAUGAUGUCGUCUUCGGCGAGCGGAGGGUACGGCGGCAGCGCGAGCUUCUGCGGCGGCGCCCCGCUGCACCAGAUGCACCACCAGAUGGAGCCCGGGGUGGGCUCCACGGCGCCCCUCAGCGGCGGCGCCCCGAGCGGCCUGGGCGGCGGGACGGGGGCGUCGUCCUGGCCGCCCGCGCCCACGCACAACGUCUUCCCCAGCAUGUCCGUCAACGUGUCCAUGAACAUGACCAUGCACGGCUACCCGCCCAACCGGAACGUCAACAUGAACAUGGACAACCUCGGGCUCCAGCACCAGCCCUACUCGUACCCGCAGGUGCAGUGGACGGCGGGGCCCGCCCCGGCCGCGCCCGCGUCCCCGGGCUACGGCGGCGGCAGCGGCCUGCUCAGCCCGCCGCCCUACCCGCCCGUGCCGGCCGCCACCUACAGCUUCACGGCCGACUUCAGGCCGCCGCCCGGGGCGCCCCCUCCGCCGCCGCCGGCGUCCGAGGCCUCGCUCACGUCCUUCAAGCCGGUGCUGGGCAGCCUCAAGCCGGUGCCGGCGCGGCCGCUGCCCGCGCCCAGCCCCACCUCGAGCGAGGGCAGCAGCGGCGCGGCCGGCGGGCUGCUGCACAGCUGCACCAAGCUCAUGUCGCCCUCCACGCCCGACGACUCGGGCCGGCCCAACCUGUGCCGCAUCUGCGGCAAGACGUACGCGCGCCCCUCCACGCUCAAGACCCACCUGCGCACGCACUCGGGCGAGAAACCGUACCGCUGCGACGACUGCAACAAGUCCUUCAGCCAGGCCGCCAACCUGACGGCGCACGUGAGGACGCACUCGGGCGAGAAGCCGUUCCGCUGCCCCAUCUGCGACAGGCGCUUCUCGCAGAGCUCGUCCGUCACGACGCACAUGCGGACGCACUCCGGGGAGCGGCCGUACCGCUGCCGCCUCUGCAAGAAGGCCUUCUCCGACUCGUCCACGCUCACCAAGCACCUCCGCAUCCACUCGGGCGAGAAGCCGUACCAGUGCAAGCUGUGCCUGCUGCGCUUCUCGCAGUCGGGCAACCUCAACCGCCACAUGCGCGUGCACGGCGGCAGCGGCGUCGGCGGCCCCGGCAGCCCCGGCGGCGGCGCCCCGCAGCUGCUCAUGAUGACGGGGGCGUAGCCUCGGGCGUAGCGGAGCAGAGCGUCCAUCUAGUCCAACAGACACGGCGCCGGGCAAGAGGCGACAAACUGACCAGCCGAAGGCCGAUUCAGUUUCUCUUGCACGCCGCGGCAUUCUAGUGGUAUUUAAUGUUAAUUGAUUUUAUAUAAAAGAGUAAUCACACGAUGAAGUGCUUAUUGCUUGGAAUUAGAGUGACCACGCCUCGGCGCGGCGCGCCCGAAUCGAUUGGCCGAGUGGCCUUAUCACUAAUGCUAACAGUUGCGUCCGGGAAGGGCGGCCCGCUGGACUCUUUCUCUCUCUUUAUAUCGUUUCUCUCUCUCUCUCUCCGGCCCGCCCGUCCCGUCGAGCCCGCCGCUGCUUCGGCGCGCACCCUGUGCAGCACCCAGUGCAGCAAGCGACCCAACUGUAAACCAAAACGAGCAGUGCGGACGCGCCCAGCCGAGAUAGCCCAAUCAUUGUGUGUGUCACUACUGUACGUGUGACUUUGUUUCGCGUGACAUUUUUCCUCCCCGAAAUGGUGCCAAAGAUGAAUUUAUGUGUUUCUUUUUGCUAUUUAUAUGAUCUCAUUAUUGUGUCAGCUACCAAAUUGUAUAAUCUCUUGUACAUUUUAUGUUUAUUGUCUAUUUAAGUUAAUUUUAUUUGAUAUUAUUACUACUACAUUUAUUUAGUCACUAUUAUGUAAAUGGUACAAACACGUAAGUAAAACGAGUAAACAA